GUCACACAAGCAUCCACUUCUCAGAUUUAGUAGUCAAAGAACUCAUCCAGAACCACCCAGGAGAGCUUUUGCACCAUCUUGAAGAGAUUUAAUCAGAAUUAGGAGGGUAGGAUUUUUUUUAAACAGCACCUGCAUCUGUCAAGACAUGGAGCCAUGACCCACGUGGAAGAGCAAGACUCCAGCAGCCACAGUGAGGAUGACAGCCUCAACGACAGCUGGUCCUGGUUACAGACCAUGAACUAUGUGGGUCAGUUGGCAGGCCAGGUGUUUGUGCAGGUCAAGGAGCUAUACAGGGGACUCAACCCUGCAACACUGUCUGGAUGUAUAGAUGUCAUCGUGGUCCGGCAGCCUGAUGGCUCACUGCAGUGCUCCCCCUUCCACGUCCGCUUUGGCAAGAUGGGUGUGCUGCGGUCCCGUGAGAAAGUGGUGGACAUAGAAAUUAAUGGCGAGCCGGUGAGUUUGCACAUGAAGCUGGGAGAGAAUGGAGAGGCCUUCUUCGUCAAAGAGACUGAGAACAGAAUGGAAAUAGUUCCGUCCUACCUAGCGACUUCACCCAUCCUGUCAACGGGGGCAGAGUUAAUGGAGUCCCAGCUAGGCAGGGGCAGUUUUCGUCACCAUGACACCAUCCUGUGCAGCUCACUUCCUGUCCAGAGCCUGGGACUGCAGCAAAGUGAUGGCGUAAUGAUCAAGAAGAGGAGGAAGAGGAGGAGGAAGGCACGGCCAGAGGCAGGCAGCGGAGGAGGAGGGAGGAGAGAGGAGAGCGGGGAAGAGUUCUCGGAGGACCAGGACAUGUUUACUAUUGACUUGAGCUCGGAUGAAGAGAGAGAGGGUGAAAGCAGGCCUGUGUACGGUGAUCAGGGGUCUACAGCCAACACGCACACACACCCCAGCACUAAUUGGAUCCGUUCACAGAGUCAAGUGGUUAAGGAGACUCUCUCCAUCCCUCCACACUGUGCUCUGUCUAUCUCUUGUCCUCAGCAGACUUCUCACUUCUCCUGCCCUGUUAGCAGCCCCGACAAUUCUAGGUCUUCAACACCGAAGAGCGACUCAGAGCUAACCAAUCAUCCGAACAAAGACAACCCUGAGAUGCUGUGGACCUGGGGGGAGCUGCCACAGGCUGCCCAGCCGCCCUUCCUGACUUCCCAGCAGAAGCAGGACCCUGCCACAGCAGUCUCCAUCCCGGUGUCUGCCAGCACUCACUUUAGAGCCAUUAGUGACGCUGGACCCCCCUCAAUCACUCUCUAUGCUGGGGAGACCGCUGCUCAUGGUGGGGACAAGGACACUGAAGAAAGCAAAAAUGGAGGCAGGGUCGGACUAACCACUAAGACUGGAGACACGGCUGGAGGUGAGCAUGGGAGAGAGUUGGAAAGUGUUGGGCCAUCAUGUGCAGAGAUGGAGGGUUUAACAGCCUGCCCAGUGUCUCCCAGGAUUCUUCUUGAUCAUCUUGACGAAGACGGGAAUGGAGGAAGUCCCAUCAAAAGAACUGAUUCACCAUCCAAGAGGAAAGAAAAGAGAAGCCAACACCUUGGUGCUGAUGGCAUAUACCUGGAUGACAUUACAGAGCUGGAGCCUGAAGUAGCUGCUCUCUACUUUCCUAAAAGUGACGGAGGCAGUAGCUCAAUGAGAGGGGACUCUGAGAUGCUGAUGAUGAUGGGAGUGCGGAGCGCUAAUCAGUCCCCAGUGGGCAGCAGUGGGAUGGACAGCGGCGUAGACAGUUUGUCCGACCAAGUAGGGGACCUGCCUCGUGUUGCCAUCUCUUUGUGCGGAGGACUCACUGACAACACGGAGAUCACAAGAGAGCAGUUCAAGGAGAGGGCAAUUUCCUACCAGCAGUUUUCUGAAAACCCUUCGAUUAUCGAUGACCCUAACCUGGUUGUCAAGAUAGGAAACAAGUACUACAACUGGAACACAGCCGCUCCCGUCAUGUUGGCCAUGCAGGUCUAUCAGAAACCACUGCCGCAGGCCUCAGUGGAGAACAUCAUGAAGGAGAAGAUGCCAAAGAAAGGAGGACGCUGGUGGUUCUCAUGGAGGAGCCGGAACAGUGACUCCAAAUCAGAUUCAGUGACAGAUGCAGGAAACUGUGGAGAGAACUCACUCACUAUGCCCUCAGUGAACAGGAUGAAGGAUGAGUCAUCCUCUAGUGAUGAGGACAACAGAUUGUCCAAUCAGGCAUCAGGAUCCUGCCAGUCAGAGCUCCUUAUGACUUCUGGCAGCAUCUGUUAUAAGAAGACUCUUCGGCUCACCUCAGAGCAACUGGCUAGCCUGCAGUUGAAGGAGGGUCCGAAUGAUGUGGUGUUCAGUGUCACCACUCAGUAUCAGGGCACCUGCCGCUGCAAUGGAACAAUCUAUCUUUGGAGCUGGGAUGACAAGAUAGUCAUCUCUGAUAUAGAUGGAACCAUCACCAGGUCAGACACCCUGGGUCACAUCCUCCCCACACUGGGUAAAGACUGGACCCACCAGGGUAUCGCACGGCUCUACCACAAAGUCAGCCAAAAUGGAUAUAAAUUCAUGUACUGCUCGGCAAGGGCCAUUGGCAUGGCUGAUAUGACACGAGGCUACCUGCACUGGGUCAAUGAGAGGGGAACCAUGCUGCCAAUGGGCCCGGUGUUGCUUAGCCCCAGCAGUCUUUUUUCUGCCUUGCACAGGGAAGUGAUUGAGAAGAAACCUGAGAAGUUUAAGAUUGAGUGUCUCACAGACAUAAAGCACCUGUUCUACCCCAACACUGAACCAUUCUACGCUGCUUUUGGCAACAGAGCCACGGAUGUGUAUUCCUAUAAGGAGGUGGGUGUUCCUCUGAACAGGAUUUUCACGGUCAAUCCCAAAGGGGAGCUGAUACAGGAGCAUGCCAAAACCAAUAUCUCCUCCUUCGGGCGUCUGUGUGAGAUGGUCGACCAUGACUUCCCGGUCCUAGCUCGAGAUGAGGAAGCAGACUUCCCCUGCUCUGACACCUUUAAUCAGUGCACCUACUGGAGCAAACAACUUCCUGAUGGCAGCAACCAUGAAGAAGAAAGCUGAGGAAACCCAAUGAAAAUCAGCAUUGAGGACGCUGCGUACUGUGGUCAGUGGUUCCGCGAUUCAUCGAGAAAUUCAGCCCCGAUUCAGAGUGAAGGUGUUGAUUAUUUUAGAACUGUAACUGAUAACUGAAUGAUGCUCUGUGGCUCCUUUAAGGAUCAAAUACCAUUUUUUUAUUUAAGACAAGUAACUAUGACUACUGAUCAAAGUAAAUGAAUGUGUUUUCAAUACCCCACAUAAACAAACCUUACCAUCAUUCAACCCUGAGAACACAAGCAGACCUAAGGGUUCAUUACAAAUAAGACUGCUGUGCCAGAAAAAAGAAAAGAAAAGCAUUUUUUUGGAAUUGUUUAGAGAAGUGAGAACAAAAAAUCCCUGAUGAAUUUCAACAGCUGCAACUGAUGCUUCUGCCUGAGGAUUGCUCAACACAGAGUCACAAAUCGCACAUUAGCAAGUGCACUGACUCACAGACACAAACACUUACACGUAAAACUUGUAAAGACAUUCCAUAGACAAUGCACAACAUUGCAGAACAUAACUACAUUAUACCUCACUGUUUUUCAGCUCCGUAAGAGAUUCUUUUGACUGGUUUCCAUUCUGUCCUUCAUACCACAGCACUCUUUAUCCACACUGGUAGAUAGAAACGCUGCCAGACAAAACACAUACUGUUUGCAAGAGGGUCAAAUUUGUUAUCAUAUUUUUUUGCACCGAUAUUGCUUUGGUGUAAAUAUUUGGUCAUCCACCUGAACCUCAACCAUUAUUUCUCAGAAUUCUAUGCAAAACAAAAGUAUCUUAAAAGUAUUAACUGUCCCAAGUUGACCUAAGCAUUGGGUGUAGUCCACUCACCAUGUACAUUAGAUAGGAAAAUUAUUUUGCUGUACCACACAGAAUUUGUACACAAGCAGCCCUUCCACAUUGCCUACACAACUGGCUUCCACAAUUGAUAAUAAAAUAGAAAUUACAUAUGCAAUUCAACUUUUCAAAUCUCAAAUUAGCCUUUUGGUCAUUUUUUUUAAAUCUUGUUUAGUAAAGAAUACUGUACCCAUCGCAUGCAAUCAAUUCACCAAAUAGAAGAGACUCUUGGUGGAAGUUUUAUAUACAGUAUGUGGCUGUAGUAAUCUUUUCUGACCUUGAGUGCAAUAGAUACAGCACACCACUUUGCAACAGAAACACCACAUUACAUUACUUACAAUAAAACUAUCCAGAACAUGCAAAAAUAGCACAGAUAGUGUAUGUAGUCAUCUUUCUGUGCCAAACUACUUUGCAGGUUCAACUAAAUGUGUGUGCUCUUCUGACCGUGUUACUGUGAAAGAUGUGGCUCUGGCACUUUUUCUAACUUAUGUUCAGUGACAAUACUCAAGUUAAAUGCAGGACAGUGCCAAUCACUUCCGUCUGUGUUCUUAUUGUCUGUUUUAUAUGUGCAAAUAACACUAGGGAUAGUAUAUAAAUCACUCAGAGUGGAUGUUAUUAUAAUGACUAAUGCUCAUCAGUGUAAUUACUUUAGAAGCCCAUAAAGGACUAUGUUAAUAUAUUUUAAGUAUUGUAAAGUUGUUACUGCACAGAUCAGGAUACUUUUACUUUUAUUUAUGCAGUAUAUAUAAAUACCGUAAGGUGUUCUCUUCACAUAUAUUCUUUGUCAUUUGUAAUCAAAUGUUUUCAUCCAUUGAUCAAAUAACAUCUACUGUACUGCAUUUAUGCGAGAUGGAAGCCUGUCUGUUUAUUUUUACUACAUGUCUAACUUAAAAUGGAGGAAACCACUGUAAAUAAUGAAUAACAUUCAUUUUUGUGACCAUAUGAAGUCAACUAAAAAAAAGCACUGCUAAUCUUUUGACAGCUGAUAUAUUGUGUUAUACUGUGUUACUGGUGCUCAUUCAAACGCACUUAUAGCCAUUUUAAGCUUUAUUAUGAACCUCUUCUCAAACCAGCAGCCUCCCACUGCACUAAGAGGCGGCAGUUUCAGCAUGUGACCACUAAAGCAAGAGAUCAACAUGCAGUAUUUUAGGACAGCUAGAUGGAUUACUUGACUCUUUCCUGAUAAUGUCAGCCGUUAAUGUCAUUUUGUUUCAUUUGGCAUCUCAUUGGCAUCAAGAUGGUUAUUUACAUGAAAGUUCAUAUAAAAACACAAUUGGAUAAUUGUUUUUUUUGCAGCUUUGAAUACCUGACAGCUUCAAGAAAAGGGAAAAAAAAAUUAUGUUAUGUUGCUAUGUCCCUCCAGAGUUUUAAUCAUUUCAGAAAAGUAAUUGUCAAAGUAAUUCACCAGACUUUCAAAAUGCCAGAAUACUGUUAAUGAGCCCCCUGAUUGAAUGUGUCUGAGUCUGUUAUACUGCUAUAUUCUCGUAAUGCAUAGGAUUAUGCAAGAGAAUGUCUGAUGCUGUACUGUGAUUGACUUUGACUGAAAGAAAAGUAAUGAGGAACUAACCUUUAAUCUAAAACUGUUGAUGUUCACAUGUCUUUUGGGGAACAGUGUAAUUUAUGUAAGAGGAAAAAGAGGCAGAGGACGCAUGCUGUGAUAAUGCUAUAGAUGCAUAUUUACGUGGAUGUAACAAUCACUGUCUUGUCAUCUUUGUAGGGAUGUACAUUGCUUCAGUAUUUAUUAGUUAUUUGUAUGGUCAAACAUGCACAGACAUGUACACUUGUAAUUAUUUAAGCCAAAAGCACACUCUGAUCUGUGUGAGGUCACUUAAUUUGAUGCUGGAAAGAUCAUUCUGCCUUGUAGUCUUGUAAUUAUAGCAUAAAGAUCUCCUAAUUGUACAAUGAAAUGUGGAAGUCAAAAGUAAGAGAUGUUUUUUCUUCUCAAUGUACACAAUGCUCUUCCCAAACUUACACAAGUAAAUAAUCUGUUUAAUGAUUAUCAUCUGCUUCUUUCUGUGAAAGAUCUAGUAAAACUCUUGACCAGUUAUGCAGUCUGUCCCUCUGUUGACAUGGAUCUUGUUCCAGUUUGUUGUCCCGUGUAAAGAUUAUGUUUAAGCCGCAGUGUGCAGUGCAAGCUAUUGUUAACAACGUAGUUUGAAUAAAUCUGUACAAUGGACACAUUUUUCAAUAAACUCAACAGUGAUUGCU